AUGGGUCGCAGAAGGGCCAUCCUAUGGGCACUUUUCCCAUGCUGCAACCCCAAGAAAAAGGCCAAGACAAGAAAUAAGUUGGCCUCAUCCCAAGUCGUGGAAGCAGAGUGCCCGGAGGAGUUGGCAUGUCGACAUCUAAAAACAUACAGGGAGCAGCUUCUUAGAAGAGAAGCAGAAAUCUCGGAACUAAGAGCAGAAAGGAACAACACCAGGCUGCUGCUGGAACACCUGGAGCUCCUGGUUUCCCGGUACGUGCCGUCCCUCCGGAUGAUGGCGGGCACGCAGCUGGCGCAGUCCCCAGCCAGCAUGACCAGCGAGUUGGAGGUCCUCAGGGCACUGAGAUUGCUCUUCGAGCACCACAAGGCCCUGGACGAGAAGUUGAGAGAGGAACUACGACGAACACUUCAAAGGUGUAGUUCCUUAGAAGAGGAAUUAAGUACCAAACACAGAGAGGUGCAGAGCCAGAGGGAGCAGGGCUGGGAGUCCGCAAAGCAGGCCCGCGUGGUGGCCACCGUGGCCGAGGACUUCGAGACUGACGAGGAUGUGCCUGAUGGCGAAGGUGAUGGGCCCACCCUCUUCAGUUCGGCCGGUCAGCUGCUGCCCAGUGGGCAGGCAGAUGCCGACACUCUGCCUGUGAAACUUCAGGAGCACCUGGACGCCAUCAACAAACAGAUACGGUGGAUCCAAGAGGAAGAGAGCACGGAGCAGCGGGCCGAGGAGACUGAGAGCAGGGCGGGCAGGGCGCGCUUAGGCAGCCUUCGGCGUUUGGAGUCCCUGAGCUCCCUCAACCUGUGUCCUGCCUCCUCACUUGCCAGCUCCUGCCCGCCCAGCAGGGCGCCCUCCCCACCCCGAAGGAGGCGGCGCAGCCUGGCGCACGAGGGAGACCGGCUGGGCAUCAUGACUGCGGUGCAGAGCCAGAGGGAGCAGGACUGGGAGUCCGCGCAGCAGACCCGCGUGGUGGCCACCAUGGCCCAGGACUUCGAGAGUGACGAGGAUGUGUCUGACGGCGAGGGCGACAGGGUCACCCUCUUCAGCUCGGCCGGUCAGCUGCCGCCCAGUGGGCAGGCCGAUGCCGACACUCUGCCUGUGAUGCCUCGGGAGCAGCUGGACACCAUCAGUGAGGAGACCCGGUGGCUCCAGGAGGAAAGGGAGAGCAUGGAGCAGCGGGCCGAGGAGACUGAGAGCAGGGUGGGCGGAGCACGCUUCUGCAGCCUUUGGCGUUUUUUUUUGUCUGUUUGUUUGUUUUUUUUUGGUCAGUGCAUUUUAUUUAAUCAGCACAGUACAAAAAUAAAUAAAAAUAAAGAGAAGGGAAUUAAAUUACAGCCAAACUGA